AUGUCUGGACGUGGCAAGCAAGGAGGCAAAGUUCGCGCCAAGGCCAAAACCCGCUCUUCUCGCGCCGGGCUCCAGUUUCCCGUGGGCCGAGUGCACCGCCUGCUCCGCAAGGGCAACUACGCUGAGCGUGUCGGGGCCGGCGCGCCGGUGUACCUGGCGGCGGUGCUGGAGUACCUGACGGCCGAGAUCCUGGAGCUGGCGGGCAACGCGGCCCGCGACAAUAAGAAGACGCGUAUCAUCCCGCGUCAUCUGCAGCUGGCCAUUCGCAACGACGAGGAGCUCAACAAGUUGCUCGGCAAAGUCACCAUCGCGCAGGGCGGCGUCCUGCCCAACAUCCAGGCCGUGCUGCUGCCCAAGAAGACCGAGAGCCACCACAAGGCCAAGGGCAAAUAAGGCCUCAAGAGCAACGCCUCCGAAACCAAAGGCUCU